GAUCCACUCACAAGUUCCUCCUUUUGCUUCCCCCUUUUCAAAGUGUUUUCUUUUUCUCUGCCUUUUCGUUUCCCUUUCUAAAACCCUCCACACUAGUAUGGAAUGAGUAGCAGUGGCCCCUGGAAUCCAGGCUGGACACUCCUGUGCAGGGUGCUUUGCCUUCCUGCCCGAGCGUUUCACAGCUUGGUGUGACUGGCAUUUUUAUUUUUAUUUUUUAUUUGUUUAAAGGAGCAAAUCCACUUUCCCUAUCUACAGGAAACAGGAGGGGGGAAAAGACAGAAGAAUUUGGCAAGUAGCCAAGGCCAGUCAGUGAAGUCAGUAGUAAGGAAUUAAGAGUAAAUUUAGUCACCAGUUCAUCACAGAGGAAAUCGGGUCUGCAGUGGAUUUUAACGUCUGAGACAACCCUAUAGUGGCUUGUUUCCCAGUUUAGAACAACUUUGCUUUCCUAGAUGCAUAUCCUGCGUGUGCAAUAACCAGAGGAAUUUAAGUUGAUCUAGGGAGGGGAUAAAGCAGCAUAUAAAUGAGAAGAGAGGAGUGUAUUCGAGUGCUAUGGAGGGCAGUAACUGUUGCUGUGACUUUUAAAAGUCUUCAAGGAAAUUCCAUGGAACUGCACUGAAAGAAACUUGGGAUGCCGCUAUUUGGAUUAAAGUUUGGAAAGAAGAAAUUGAAAGAGGAAGAGAGGCACCUUCAGGCGAACAACCGGGAAUUUAAUCUGGAGUUCGAAUAUGCUAACAAUUCAAUUAAAACAUCGAAAUACAAUUUCUUCACUUUCCUGCCUCUCAACCUGUUUGAGCAGUUUCAGCGAAUCGCCAAUGCUUAUUUUUUGUUCCUGCUGAUUCUGCAGCUCAUUCCUGAGGUUUCCUCCUUGUCUUGGUUUACGACGGUGGUGCCGCUGGUGCUGGUGCUGACCGUGUCGGGCGUCAAGGAUGCCAUCGACGAUUUUAAUCGAUACAAAAGUGACAAUCAUGUCAAUAACCGUCCCGUCCAGGUGCUGAUUAAUGGCAGAUUGAAGGAUGAUAAAUGGAUGAAUAUUCAAGUGGGAGACAUCAUAAAACUAGAGAACAACAACUUUGUGACGGCAGAUUUACUGUUACUCUCAAGCAGUGAGCCGCACAGUCUGACAUACAUCGAGACGGCUGAACUGGAUGGGGAAACCAACCUCAAAGUGAAGCAGGCACUGACAGUCACUGCGGAGCUGGGAGAGGACCUUCAGAAACUGACUGAUUUCAACGGUGAAGUCAAAUGUGAGGCACCGAAUAACAAACUGGAUAAGUUCACUGGGACGCUUACUCUCCACGGGGAGAAAUUUGCCCUGGACAAUGAGAAGAUGCUGCUGAGGGGCUGCACCAUUAGGAACACAGAAUGGUGCUUUGGGCUCGUUAUUUAUGCUGGGCCAGACACAAAAUUAAUGCAGAACUGUGGGAAAACAACCUUUAAACGGACCAGCAUUGAUCGGCUAAUGAAUGUCCUCGUGUUAGUGAUUUUUGCGUUUUUAGCCCUGAUGUGUUUCAUCCUGGCCAUUGGAAAUGGCAUCUGGGAAUAUGACAAGGGCUAUUACUUCCAGGUCUACCUGCCCUGGGCAGCAGGCGUAGACUCGGCUCCCUACUCUGGAUUCCUCAUGUUCUGGUCUUACGUGAUCAUUCUGAAUACUGUGGUGCCGAUUUCACUCUACGUCAGUGUGGAGAUUAUACGUUUGGGCAACAGCUUCUACAUUGACUGGGACCGUAAAAUGUAUUACCCGCUGAACGAUACACCAGCCCAGGCCCGCACCACCACCCUCAAUGAAGAGCUGGGACAAAUCAAGUACAUCUUCUCUGACAAAACGGGAACUCUCACUCAGAACAUCAUGGCUUUCAACAAGUGCUCCAUUAAUGGGAAAUCCUAUGGUGACGUGUACGACAUGGCUGGGCAGAGGACUGAGAUCACUGAGCACACAGAGAAGGUCGAUUUCUCGUACAACCAACUGGCCGACCCAAAGUUUGUGUUCUACGACCACAGCCUAGUGGAAGCUGUGAAGCUGGACGAUGCCGCGACACACAGGUUUUUCCGGUUGCUCUCGCUGUGUCACACCGUGAUGCCAGAAGAGAAGGAGGAAGGUAACCUGGUGUAUCAGGCCCAGUCUCCAGACGAAGGAGCCCUGGUCACCGCGGCCCGAAACUUUGGCUUUGUGUUUCGUGCUCGGACCCCCGAGACCAUCACUGUGGUGGAAAUGGGAGAAACAAAGGUCUAUGAGCUCCUGGCUAUUCUGGACUUCAACAACGUGCGCAAAAGGAUGUCUGUCAUCGUGCGAAGUCCGGAGGGUGACCUGACCUUGUAUUGCAAGGGCGCUGACACCAUUAUCUAUGAACUGCUGGAUUCUUCCUGUGGACCCCUCAAGGAAGAGACCAUGGAACACUUGAAUGAGUUUGCAGGUGAAGGCUUGAGGACUCUGGUUGUGGCCUACAAAAACCUGCAGGAGGACUACUUUGAGGAGUGGCACAAACGUCACCAUGAAGCAAGCACUGCCCUGGAUGGACGGGAAGAGAAGUUAUCUGAGUUAUACGAAGAGAUUGAAAAAGACUUAAUGCUGCUAGGUGCCACGGCUAUUGAGGACAAGUUACAAGAUGGAGUCCCCCAGACGAUUGAAACCCUGACCAAAGCCCACAUUAAAAUCUGGGUUCUGACUGGAGACAAGCAAGAGACUGCCGUGAAUAUUGGCUACUCCUGCAACAUGCUGCAUGAUGACAUGAAGGACGUUUUCAUUAUUGAGGGCAACAGCUCUGAGGACGUGUUAGAUGAACUCAGGACUGCAAGGAAGAAAAUGAAUCCGGAUUCCUUCCUGGACAGUGAUGAAAUUAACAUCAAGUUUAUAAACCCUUCCACGAAGUCAAGGAUCUUACCUGAAGAGCAAGCGAAUGGGGUGUAUGGCCUGGUUAUUAACGGCCAUAGUUUGGCUUAUGCACUAGAAGGGAACUUGGAGCUCGAGCUGGUGCGAACAGCCAGCAUGUGCAAAGUGGUGAUCUGCUGCCGGGUGACCCCCCUGCAGAAAGCCCAGGUGGUGGAGCUGGUGAAGAAGUACAAGAAGGCCGUGACCCUGGCGAUCGGUGAUGGGGCAAACGAUGUCAGCAUGAUCAAAACUGCCCACAUUGGGGUCGGUAUCAGUGGCCAGGAGGGGAUGCAGGCUGUGCUGUCCAGCGACUUUUCCUUCGCACAGUUCCGUUACCUGCAGCGCCUGCUCUUAGUCCACGGGCGAUGGUCCUACAUCCGCAUGUGCAAGUUCCUCAGAUACUUCUUCUAUAAGAACUUUGCCUUCACAUUAGUUCAUUUCUGGUAUGGAUUCUUCUCCGGCUUCUCUGCACAGACUGUGUAUGAUCAGUGGUUCAUCACCCUCUACAAUUUGGUGUAUACCUCCCUCCCGGUGCUAGGAAUGAGCCUCUUUGACCAGGACGUGGAUGACCGCUGGAGCAUGCAGUUCCCUCACCUCUAUGAACCCGGGCAGCAGAAUCUCUACUUCAACAAGAUCGAGUUUGUCAAGUGCGUGCUGCAUGGGAUCUACAGCUCCCUCAUUCUCUUCUUCAUCCCCUAUGGGGCCAUGUACGACACCGUGAGAAGCGAUGGGAAAGCCAUUGCUGACUACCAGUCCUUCGCACUGAUGGCCCAGACCUGCCUACUGAUCGUGGUCUCUGUGCAGAUUGGGUUGGACACUGCCUACUGGACAGCUGUGAACCAGUUUUUCAUCUGGGGCAGCCUUUCCGUUUACUUUGCCAUCAUCUUCACCAUGUACAGUGACGGCAUGUACCUGAUCUUCGCAGCCUCCUUCCCUUUCGUUGGGGCAGCUCGAAACACCCUCAAUCAACCCAGUGUGUGGCUGGCGAUCUUCCUCAGCAUCACCCUGUGUGUGCUGCCGGUGAUUGGCGGUCGGUUUCUGAAGGCUCAGCUAAUGCCAACCGUCAGUGACAAAGUCCUACGCAAGAUCAGAGAGGCCAAGAAGCGGCCGCCCCCUCCCUUGCCCAAGACGCGCUUGCGCCGUACCAGCACCCGUCGCUCCGGCUACGCCUUCUCCCAUCAGCACGGCUUCGGCGCACUCAUUAUGUCUGGGAGAAACAUGCGGCCGAAACUGCCUUUCACGACAACAGGGACGUUUUCACCCAAUAGUGAGAAAAACAGACACAAGUGAAAGAAAGAAUCAGGGCAGCCGGAAAGGAAACUCUGCUCUGCACAGCAUCCCAGCCUGCACCUGCCCAGGACUGCCCUGUCAGCUCCUCCAAGGAGGACUCAGGCCUUCUCUUUCCACCCAGGCGUUCUCUCUAACUCCAGCUCCUGCUCCGAAGGGCACACGCUGCUCCCAGGGAGGCAGGGGAAGGGUGGAAAGAACAGGAUGAGUCAAAGUCCUUAAAUGUGUGGCAUUGACAAGUUGAGAGGGGUAAGCGCAGAGCAGACCAACCCCCCCAUCCCUCUGUGGCCUGAGAGAGAGAACGUGCAGGGGAACGCCCACUCCAUGCACCAAGAUCAUCCGUGAUGCCCCUGCUUCAUCCCCUCAACCCCGUACCUCCGAGCACAGUGAGGUCAGGGCGGAGGGAGGGCAGAGCUAUGUAAGCUCAUUCCAUCCACAAGGCUUGUUUCUGCAGUGAACUAUGCCAUGAAACAUUCAGAGCUGUAUUCAUCCCUGGGAGAACUCCACUGACCCCAGGGGUGACUGGGGCCCAGUGCCUCAAACCCCAGCUCCCAAAUCUUUGCAAUCUAAGUAAUUGUGCGGCCAUUUGUCCAUAAUAUACAGGAGCAUUUGGAGAGUGUCAUGGAGUGUGGGGGAGUCCAGGCCCUGCACCCCUCUUCCUGGGAUUCACUGAGACUCUCAGCCAGCCAGUAAAACAGAAGGUUUAUUGGACAACAGGAACACAGUCCAAAACAGAGCUUGUGGGUACAACCAGGACCCCUCAGUCAAGUCCUUCUGGGGGAGCAGGGAGCUUAGACCCCAGCCCUGGGGUUCCCUGCGUUCCUCCACCCAGCACCAAACUGAAAACUAAACCCUCCUAGCAGCUCCCUCCUGCAGCCUCUGUUCACAUUCCCGGGCAGAGGUGUUACCUCCCCCUCCCCCUCCUGGCUCAGGUGACAGGCUCUCAGGUCUCCCAUUGAAACUCCCCUGCCACAUUCCCAGGUCAACACUCCCCCCUCCCUGCUGCGUCACAGAGAGUAUGAGGUGGGAAAUGACCUUCUGAGCUGGUGGGUAACUCUGUCCAGGUCUACGGCCAGUGCCCCAAGCGCAGCCCCUGCCUGGAGGUGCAGCCCCGCUACCUUUGGGAGGUGCUGCAAGUCAGGUGUUCAGCUCUCCAGACGACACCCAGGGGAAAGGGCCUGCAAUUGCGCUGCCCUGCAGAGCCAGCCUGCUGGGAAAUGUCACUGUUCUCAGGUUUUGCAGCCAGGCCACCAGCAGUUUCUUCUAGACUUAAAACAGAAAAGCACCAAAACACUAAGUUCCUGAAUUCCACAAAUGCUAGAGCUGCUCAGUUAAAGUAAAGCUGGGAAAUCCCUCCCUGAGGAUCCCUCGGGUCAUGGCUAGGUCUCACAAGGGAACCUCCAUCAGCAGGUGGCUUUCCAACCAGACCCGCCAAAUUCUGCUCUCCAGCACAAGCGCCCAGCUCCCAUGGACUUCAGUGGAACUGAAAGAGAGCGUCUGGUGGCAGAAACUGAACCUCCAGGCGCUGCACAGGGCCGAUGGGAGGGUGCCGUUUUCACCCUUACCUCUGAGUGCCCAGCUCUUUAACAUGCCAGCCGCCUUCUUCUGUCUCUCUCUCCCCCUCGCCUCCUGGGCAGUGUGGGUGAAGGGUUAGAAGAAACCUCCCUAGGCUCAGGCUCGGCGAUCUCCACAGUUUCCUGAACCAAACGGCUUUGCCUGAUCUUUCCAUUUGGGUUGGAAGGCGAUACAGACAGCUGACUGCCCCUAAGUCCCGGGUGUGAGGUCAGAGAGCUGUGUCAGACGGCAGCAAGGGGACCUGACAGGCUAGAAACUGCCGUCUUGGAGCUGCUGAGCCAUUGGGCCUGGUUCUCCAGUCCGUUACACCAGUGCUAUUCCACUGGCUUUGGUGAAGUUACCCUGGUGUAAAGCCAGCAUGCUGGAAGGGAGAAUCAGGCCCAUUAGUGUUACUAACCCAUCUCUAUUGAGCUGUCUUGCCUGCAGGACAAAGCAACCCCCUGGUAGUUCCUCAGCCGGGUGCUCUAUAGCCAGUUGUAGGGCUGGAGGGUUGUAGGGCUGGAUUCGUUGCCUGCUUGGGCUGGGAUCCCUGUACAUUACACACGUUAGCGGUAACGGGGUUCUGUGCGGAAUCCCCCAGGCCCUGGCAGAAGGGAUGUGUUACUGCGACAGGCCUCGUCUCCCUGGAGCUCCUUGUUCCCUGCUGGGCUCCUUGUUUUAACAGUGACGGCGUGGAAUUGUUUACACUCUUCUAACAAAGGGUUUUAUUCUCUGGCCAUGACUCUCCUCUGGGCUUAGCACCAGCAGAGACAGAGGGUCGAUUCCACCUGGGCUCUGGGGAUGUGUUAUAAACCACAGCAUUAGCUUUCGGACCUGGGGCUGGGUCUACCCUUGCACAGCAGGGGAAAGGAACAUCCCCUACCCCACAGUGCUGCCCGGAGUCAGCCGUAACACCAAGCAAUGCAGUGUGCCGUGGGGAAUCAAAGUGAGCAGUGCAGUCAUUGCUCGUCACCUCUCUCUGGCUUGUGGUCACGUCCCUGAGACCAUCACCUCGGCACUCGGAUUCGGAUAAUAACGUUGGCCUCCCCAUGGUACCGAAGGGGAGAGUUUAGAUUGUUAAACUGACAUCCCCGAAGGCUCAGCCUGCCGGGCUGUCACCAGCGUGUGGUGUAGUGGGCUGCAGUGCUGAGAAGGAGAGGCAGGCCAGGUGCUCGUGAACCAGGGAAGCUCUGGGACCCCAGACACAGCUCUGAUACGGUUUGCACAUGACACGGACUACUUGGCCACGGGCCGAAGCAGGACUUGCAAAUGCUGCAUGAGACACGCAAGGGAUGAUCCUCUUGGUGAACUUGCUCCAACUGCAAAGACUUCAGCAGUUUGACAAGACCAAUAUUUGUUUUUAAUGUGUUGAAAUUGGCCCUGGUGUUCCACAAGCAUCUCUCCUUGGUUUGUAAAAUAAUUUUUUAAUAUAAAUAGUGGCCAAUGGGA